AUGCCGGGUGGACGUGGAAACCGGCGUGAUGUGAAACAUCUAUCAAAGAAUCGUUUUUCGCGGUUAGAUGCCGAUAUUGCUAGCUCUUAUGUGGAUGACGAUGAAGAGGAAAGGCCACGACCGAAACAAGGCACCGUCAGUCGAGUUAUUAACAUGCUGGCCGGUCGUGUAAUGCAUGGGCAAGGUGGUUUUCGACGAGGGAAGAAAGAUGAACAGACAUUACGGAGCGCUGGUGGAGAUUCCCGAAAUGCUGAAAUGGUUUACAAAAUUCGAAUACCAUUCGGUCGGAAGUUCACCGUUCCAUGGAUAAUGAAACAGCUACAUCAACAAAUCGAAGACAUAAAGCCGUUGUUAGUUACAGUUACACAGAGGGGAGAUGUGGAGUUCUUCUUAAAGAGCGAGGAUACGGCAGACGCGUGCAGGGCAAUAUCUCGCCGUAUUGUUCACAGAAUUACUGGUGAUCGAAUGUCUAUACUUGUUGACAAAGUUGUCGCACCAUGGACUAAGUUGAGCAAAGAAGAAACGGCGGUCAUCCAAGAAGUUGUAGACACCCGUUACAAUCAUGAAUCACGAUCCCUAGACCUCAGCGAAUUUGCCCUAGAUCAGAAGUUUAAAGAUCGAGAUCUACAUAUGAUGUUAAAUAAGAAUAAUGUCAUGUUAACAGUUGUGGACAGGAUAGAUGAGCGAUUCGGUUCUAUAACGGCGUUAAGUCUCCAGGGUAAUCGAUUGCGAUUCCUUGACUACGCCGCUGUUCUUGUCAGUGUUACAAAAUUCUUGAAAGUUCUGGAUUUGUCGAACAACCAGAUUGACAAAAUAAGCGAACUGGAAAAGCUGAAAGGACUGCCAGUUGAGACGCUGUUUUUUGAAGGAAAUCCUCUUGUGGAGCAGUUAACAACAGCAUCGGGAUACCUCAGCGCCGUUCAUCAAGUGUUCCCGAGGGUUUGUGUUUUGGAUGGUUCUCCAGUGCAGCCAGCAACUGUACAUGUGCAGUCAUUGGACGACGACGAACUAACUUCAGAGCCUCCAUGCAGGCCUGGUUUCUACGGUAACGACAAUCUUCGAGUGCUUGUAGAACGGUUUCUAGUCGAAUAUUUCAAGUUAUAUGAUGGGGAAGAAGGAGGUGUUACAAGGAGGAGCCUUGUGCAAGCAUACGACCAGGAUAAUUCUUCUUUCACGCUGACGAUCGCCAAUUUAAAGGACCAGUCUCACGAAGGAGGACCUAUUCGUUAUCCUAAUGAUGCUUGUUACAACCUUUACAUCCGAACAUCCCAUAAUGUGUUAUUUGAAGAGCGCUGGUCGCGAAAUCGGAGCAUUCGCACGUAUCGCGGAGCGAUGGAUAUUGCUGUAGCUCUAUCUAAGUUACCUAUUAGCAAUCACUACACGGAGUCUUUCAUCGUCGAUACACAUUUAAUAUCAGAAGAACUAUUGGGAUUCACUGUGCAAGGGCUGUUUGAGGACGGGAAAUUUGCGAAACCUGGGGAAGUCCCGCAACUGAACUUUUUCUCAAGAUCGUUCGUAGUUUCACCACGAGCAAAUGAGUCAGUAGCAGUUCUAUCCGAUAUGCUCUAUGUGACAGGAGUCACACCUGCUCGAGUUGCCCGCUAUAAACUCAUGUUGAAUAAAGCGACAUCUACAGGAAGCACAACUUUACCGACAGUACCUGUUAAUCCUAUAGCGCAGGCAACAAGUUCCAUUGGUGGACUGCAAAUGUCCAGUCAACCUUCUGAUGAAAUCAAAAGACAAAUGGUCGAGCAGUUUUGUAAGGAUAGUGGGAUGUUACCAGCAUGGUCAGAAAAGUGUUUAGUCGAUUUUGACUGGAACUACGAGGCUGCCGGAAAAGCAUUUCUGACAAAUAAGGGCAGUAUACCAAAAGAAGCAUUCUUGUCUGGCUUAGAUUAA